AUGGAUCAACCUAGAAUCAUUUAUUCUUAUGUGGAAAUCAUGAAAAACUUUUCUGGUUCCCUCAAAGUCACUUCACAUACUCAGUCUUCUAAAAAGCUUUUGUUUUUUUUUCAUCAAAAAAUACAGAUAUGAAGCGGAGGCAGCGUUCUUUGGCAAUCUCAAACUUACGGACUUUAACAUCAUUGACACACUUGGUGUUGGAGGAUUUGGAAGAGUUGAACUGGUACAGCUAAAAAGUGAGGAAUCAAAAACAUUUGCAAUGAAGAUCCUUAAAAAGAGACACAUAGUGGAUACAAGGCAACAGGAGCACAUUCGGUCUGAGAAGCAGAUCAUGCAGAACGCUCACUCUGACUUCAUUGUAAGGUUAUACAGAACAUUCAAAGACAGCAAGUAUCUAUAUAUGCUUAUGGAAGCCUGUCUAGGUGGAGAGCUUUGGACUAUUCUCAGGGACAGAGGCUCUUUUGAAGAUUCUACAACAAGGUUUUAUACAGCUUGUGUAGUGGAGGCCUUUGCUUAUCUGCAUUCCAAAGGAAUAAUUUAUAGGGACCUCAAGCCAGAGAAUCUUAUUUUGGACCAUCGAGGUUAUGCAAAGUUGGUUGACUUUGGCUUUGCAAAAAAAAUAGGCUUUGGUAAGAAAACAUGGACUUUUUGUGGUACCCCAGAAUAUGUAGCUCCAGAGAUCAUCUUAAACAAAGGUCAUGACAUUUCAGCAGACUACUGGUCACUGGGAAUCUUAAUGUAUGAACUCCUGACUGGCAGCCCUCCAUUCUCAGGUCCAGACCCUAUGAAAACAUAUAACAUAAUACUAAGAGGAAUCGACAUGAUUGAAUUUCCAAAGAAGAUUACCAAAAAUGCUGCUAAUUUAAUCAAAAAACUAUGCAGGGACAAUCCGUCAGAAAGGUUAGGAAACUUGAAAAAUGGAGUGAAAGACAUCCAAAAGCACAAAUGGUUUGAAGGCUUUAAUUGGGAAGGUUUAAGGAAAGGUACAUUGACACCUCCUAUUAUACCAAGUGUCGCAUCCCCCACAGACACAAGCAAUUUUGACAGUUUUCCAGAAGAUAAUGAUGAUCCUCCCCCUGAUGACAAUUCAGGAUGGGACAUAGACUUUUGA